AUGACCUGCCACGGGACCUUGGACCUCAGUGCGUGGGCCAGCAGGCACUUCGACCUGGAUGAGUAUCUCCAGAUCCUACAGACCCUCAGCACCACCCUGCACAGCCUCCACGCCGAGGAUUUCACGCACAACGACCUAAAAUCCGACAACGUGAUUGUCGGCGAGCGCAACGUGCCGACCCUGAUCGACGUGGGACUCGCGUCGCCCAGGGACUGCUGCCCCUUUUGGUACAACGAGUCGCGUGACGUCGAGAGCGUGCGCGCUGCCAACUACGGCCACUUGGCCCCCGAGAUCUACUGCGGAGGAAAAGCGCAUCCCAGCGCCGACGUCUAUUCCUUCGGCAAGAUCCUGCAGAGGGUCUAA